GAUCCCCUGUCCGAGCCGGAGGCCGGUGCAGCCUGGGUUCCCGCGGCCGCGCGGUGCCCUGCAUCCGUGUCUCGCCGGAGCCGCGGCGGCGCGGCAGGUACCCCCGGAGCCACCCACGUCCCCACCUAAGCUCUCUGCUGCCUUGUCUCGGCCUCCCCUGCUGGGGUAGCUGCCACCAUGUUCUCGUGUGUGAAGCCCUACGAGGACCAGAACUACUCCGCCCUGAAGCGGGCCUGUCUGCGCAGGAAGGUGCUCUUCGAGGACCCCAACUUCCCGGCCACCGACGACUCCCUGUACUACAAGGGCACCCCGGGGCCCACUGUCAGGUGGAAGCGGCCCAAGGACAUAUGUGAGGACCCCCGCCUUUUUGUGGACGGCAUCAGCUCCCACGACCUGCACCAGGGCCAAGUGGGCAACUGUUGGUUUGUGGCGGCCUGCUCGUCACUCGCCUCCCGGGAGUCACUGUGGCAAAAGGUCAUCCCAGACUGGAAGGAGCAGGAGUGGGACCCUGAGAAACCCAGCGCCUACGCGGGCAUCUUCCACUUUCACUUCUGGCGCUUUGGGGAGUGGGUGGACGUGGUCAUUGAUGAUCGACUGCCCACGGUCAACAACCAGCUCAUCUACUGCCACUCCAACUCCCGCAGCGAGUUCUGGUGCGCCCUGGUGGAGAAGGCCUAUGCCAAGCUGGCGGGCUGUUACCAGGCCCUGGAUGGAGGCAACACGGCGGAUGCGCUGGUGGACUUCACAGGUGGCGUUUCCGAGCCCAUCGACCUGACUGAGGGUGGCUUUGCCAAUGAUGAGGCCAAGAGGAACCAGCUCUUUGAGCGUGUGUUGAAGGUGCACAGCCGAGGAGGCCUCAUCAGUGCCUCCAUCAAGGCAGUGACAGCAGCAGACAUGGAGGCCCGCCUGGCAUGUGGCCUGGUGAAGGGACAUGCAUAUGCCAUCACUGAUGUGCGCAAGGUGCGCCUGGGCCACGGCCUGCUGGCCUUCUUCAAGUCGGAGAAGCUGGACAUGAUCCGCCUGCGUAAUCCUUGGGGCGAGCGGGAAUGGAACGGGCCCUGGAGUGACACCUCAGAGGAGUGGCAGAAAGUGAGCAAGAGUGAGCGGGAAAAGAUGGGGGUGACCGUGCAGGAUGACGGGGAGUUCUGGAUGACCUUCGAGGACGUGUGCCGAUACUUCACCGACAUUAUCAAGUGCCGUGUGAUCAAUACGUCUUACCUGAGCAUCCAUAAGACGUGGGAGGAGGCCCGGCUGCGUGGCGCCUGGACGCGGCAUGAGGACCCCCGGAAGAACCGCAGCGGGGGCUGCAUCAAUCACAAGGACACCUUCUUUCAGAACCCGCAAUACAUCUUUGAUGUCAAGAAGCCAGAAGAUGAAGUGCUGAUCUGCAUCCAGCAGCGGCCCAAACAGUCUACCCGCCGGGAUGGCAAGGGUGAAAAUCUGGCCAUUGGCUUUGACAUCUACAAGGUGGAGGAGAACCGUGAGUACCGCAUGCACGGUCUGCAGCACAGGGCCGCCAGCUCCAUCUACAUCAACUCGCGCAGCGUCUUCCUGCGGACGGACCAGCCCGAGGGCCGCUAUGUCAUCAUCCCCACCACCUUCGAGCCAGGCCACACUGGCGAGUUCCUCCUCCGGGUCUUCACUGACGUGCCCUCCAACUGCCGGGAGCUGCGCCUAGAUGAGCCUCCCCACUCCUGCUGGAGCUCCUUGUGCGGCUACCCACAGCAGGUGACCCAGGUGCACAUCCUAGGGGCUACCGGUCUCAAGGACUCCUCGACGGGGGCCAACUCUUAUGUGAUCAUUAAGUGUGAAGGGGACAAAGUCCGCUCGGCGGUGCAGAAAGGUACCUCCACACCCGAGUACAACGUGAAAGGCAUCUUCUACCGCAAGAAGCCAGGCCAGCCCAUCACAGUCCAGGUGAUCAACCACCGAGUCCUGAAGGACGAAUUCCUGGGCCAGGUGCACCUGAAGGCUGACCCGGAUGACCUCCAGGCCCUGCACACCCUCCACCUCCAGGACCGCAGCAGCCGGCAGCCCAGCGACCUGCCAGGCACGGUUGCUGUAUGUGUCUUCAGUAGCACGUCCCUCACGGCCGUCUGACCCCUGUCCCUCUGCCUGGCCUCCACAGUUUUACCGCCAUCUGCAUGUCCCCAGCCAGGCCAGGGACUAGCCUGGGAGCCAGGACACUGGGGGCCUUUUCCCAGCUUUUCCGCUGACUUGCUGUGUGACCUUGGGAGGCCUCUGCCCCUCUCGGGGCCUCAGUGUC